AUGACCGUUGGAAGGGUGUUUUGGGCUGUUGGUGGGCGGCGGUGGUCGCAUGUUGGUGCACAGCCGCUGUUUGUGCCCUCUGGGGCGACUCUCCGGGUCGAGAAUGUCGCUGUGCCGCGGGUCGUGGCGAGACCUCGUGGUGCGACGCUUGUGUUGUCGCAGAGGGCUGUCGUGGAGGGUCCCCUAGGUGUAGUGGGCGUUGAUGUGCCGUCGUUUGUGAAGAUAAAGCGGGAUCCAGCCGGUGGUACUUUGCAAUUGGGUGUUUUGGACGAGACACGAGGGGAACAGCGCGCCAUGUGGGGGACAGUGAGGGCACUGUUGCACAAUGCGGUCUCGGGGGUCACGGAGGGGCAUCUCGCGGUGUUGAAGUUUGUAGGGACAGGGUACCGUGCCGUUGUGGAAGAAGAAGAAGGUGGUGGGAAGUUUGUUGCUGUGAAAGUUGGUGCUUCUGUACGACAGGGGCUUGCAGUUCCACCUGGGGUCUCUGUGCGGUGUCCGCAACCGACCACACUGGUAGUGGAGGGGUGUGAUCGGCAGCAGGUGAUGCAGUUUGCAGCUCGGAUCAGACACUUCCACCCACCGGAACCGUACAAGGGUAAAGGUAUUUAUGUCAAUGACGAGACGAUCAAGUUGAAGAACAAGAAGAUCAAGUAA